UGCAGUUCCAAAGGUGAGACGAAGAAGAAGAAGAAGGUGAAAGCCAACUCUUCAGCUGAGUGACGACACCAGCUCCGCCGCCUUCGAUACUUUCUUUUCUAGUCACAAUAAACCCCGACAUUCUGCUAAGAACAAAUAGAAGCUGUUAAAAAUCUUAAACACGUGUAAUCGUUCUAUGUAGUGUUUCAACGCUACUGUAACAUUAUCGGUGUCGGCUCGGUCGCAGUGCUAGUGUUAGCUUCACAACCGGAAGCUAGCCGCCAUAAAUGUUCAAUAUUGAUUUUUAGCUUCCUUUUUUUAAAGUCAACUCGUGACAAACUUUUGUUUUUUAAGGUUUACAUAAACUGUAACGUCGACAAUGUGUGCGUUUUGAAGUCGCCUCCUGUGUCUACCAUUUGUUUUUUAGUCGACUGGAGCUAGAUUUAAAUGGCCACCACGGCCCCCCUUCCUCCGCCGGCUGCCCCCGCCGGAGUCCCCGAGAGCGGCGGGCCGGGGUCUAACAGCAGUGCCGCGGCAGAAGACGCGUGCAACCAGGACAGCACUUUUGAGUGCAACAUAUGUCUGGACACCGCCAAGGAUGCUGUGAUCAGCCUGUGUGGACACCUCUUCUGCUGGCCUUGUUUGCACCAGUGGUUAGAGACGCGACCCAGCAGGCAAGUGUGCCCAGUCUGCAAAGCUGGUAUCAGCAAGGACAAGGUCAUCCCCUUAUAUGGGCGAGGAAGUACUGGUCAGCAGGACCCCAGAGAAAAAACACCUCCACGACCACAAGGGCAAAGGCCUGAGCCAGAAAACCGCGGCGGAUUUCAGGGAUUCGGCUUUGGAGACGGAGGGUUUCAGAUGUCCUUUGGAAUUGGUGCUUUUCCCUUCGGUAUUUUUGCCACAGUCUUUAACAUAAACGACGGCAGACCACCGCCAGCUGCCCCGGGGACGCCGCAGCACACGGACGAGCAGUUCUUGUCUCGACUCUUCCUCUUGGUCGCUGUGGUCACCAUGUUUUGGCUCCUCAUAGCAUGAACACUUGUAAGGACCGCCUCAAAUGGAACAUUUAGAGACUUAACAGUUGCUUCACACCCUAAAGAGCUAUGCUUAUCUGAGCAAUCAAUAAUGAAGACACACACAAGUGAUAGACUGACACAAAUUGAUAACAAUGGUGGUUGGUUGGUGUUGAAUUGUACCAGAACCUUUAAACCAGAGUACAGAUGGGCGAAAUGGCCUAAAAUAUAUAUAGCCAAAUAUUUCGAAACCUCCUGUAAUAAUGAUAUAUAUCACCAAAGAUUAUUUGGUGUGUAAAUGAUUAAGGUUGCGUGAUAUGGGCCAAUUUUGGCAUGGUUCAAUUAUCAUUUUAGUCUUUUGGAUGAGCCAUAAGCCACAUAUCUGUUAUCAGUAAAGAAAGAAGCUUUUGAUUUAUAAAUCAAUAAAGAUGCAUGCAUUGA